CACUUUGGCCGUUACGUGUAUAUAACGGUUUUCGCAUUUCGCAGUGACUUGACAACCACUAUCGAAAACCUGCCGCUUGGGGCAUGACGGUCAGCGCUCAUUUUUCGUGUCCGCGACAAUGACCGUUUGGCCGACGUAUAUACUUGUUUAUGGUAUAUACACGCUCCCAGCGGAUUUUGUCCUCAACGGCGACACUAUUAUAAUUAUUGAUCAAUAUUGAUUUAGUUAAUCAAUGUUACAAUUUUACACGGCCGAUGUUAACAAAUAUACAGGCAAUAAUCGUGAGUCUUACAUUUCAUUUAUUCUUCAGUCUAGUUUUGAAACGUGAUUUUUAUAAAAAUUGUAUGGUGUAAAUUGUAAGUUAAAACUUUAAAAGAUCAAAAUCGAUGGCAUCGACAAACUAAGCGAUCUAGCCUUCCAAGUCCGACUUCACCGUGGCAAUAGCGUCAUUACAAUAGAUCAACGAACCCUUUUUUAUCACAAUAGUUAUAACUGGAAAAUCAUCGAAAAUGUCCAACAUUUGUAUUCUGUGUAUGAAAACAGUUCUCAAGUAUUCAGUCUCCAAGAUGUCUGUACACGUAUUUCCAUCGUGUCCGAAAAAACGGCAGAUAUGGCUCAACCGGUGUAAAUUAGCCAAUGAAGAAGUCUUACCAAACCAUAAAAUAUGUUCAAUUCACUUUGAGCCAAGAUGUUUCAAAACUGGUUUGAAGAGGCGUUUGCUUUAUCGUGAUGCUGUACCAACAAUUUUUGGAAAAGGCCAUGCAAAAACAACAAAUUUGCCAUUAAAAAUUACAAAAGGAAAACCAAAAAAUGUGAUCAAAGAAAGGAUUGCCGUCCAGCAUCUUCAGUUACACCGUGUCUCACCAACUAAAGUUAUUAAAAAAGGGAUUGUUUGUCAUAAUCGUCAAACUUGUGAUAUUUCAUUAAGAGCUGCUAAGAAAGUUAUUGCCAGUCAAUCACUUGAUAUUUCACCAACAAAAGCGGCUAGAAAAAGGAUUUCCCGUCAGAAUAGUGAGUCAUGUGAUAUUCCAUUAACAAGAUAUGCUAAAAAAAUGUUAGCUGGUAAGAAUUGUCAGUCUUCUGGUUUUUCACCAAUGGAAGUUAUUAAAAAAAAAUUGUACGUCCAAAAACAUGACUCUUGUUAUGUUCCAUUAACAAGAGCUCUGAAUAAAGAGAUUUCUGGUCAGAAUCGGCAGUCUUGUGAUUUAUCAUUAACAGGAGCUGCUGAAAAAUUGAUUGGCGGUAAGAAACAUCAGUCUCGUGGUAUUUUACCGGUAAAAACUGUUGAGAAAAGGAUUGCCAGUCGGAAUUCUCGGUCUCGUAAUAUUUCACAGACAAUAACUGCUAAGAAAGUUAUUUCUAGUCGGAAUGGUCCGACUCACGAUAUUACACCGACAAAAACUGUUAAAAAAGAGAUUGCAAGUCAGAAUACUUGGUCUCGUAGUAUUUCACAGACAAUAGCUGCGAAGAAAGUGAUUUCCAGUCGGAAUAAUCAGUCUCAUGAUAUUUCACAGACAAAAACUGUUAAAAAAGGGAUUGCCAAUCAAAAUUCUCGGUCUCGUAAUAUUUCACAGACAACAACUGCUGAGAAAGUGAUUUCCAGUUGGAAUAGUCGAUCUCAUGAUAUUUCGUCGACAAAAACUGUUAAAAAAGGGAUUGCAAGUCAGAAUACUCAGUCUCGUAAUAUUUCACAGACUGCUAAGAAAGUGAUUUCCAGUCUAAAUAGUAAGUCUCAUGAUAUUUCGCCGACAAAAACUACUAAGAAAGUUAUUUCCAGUCGGAAUAGUCAGUCUUGUGAUAUUACACCGACAAAAGGUAUUCAAAAAAUGAUGUUCUGUCAGAAUCAUGUGUCUUAUGAUCAUUUGCCAACAAGAGUUUUUGAAAUAGAAGUAUUUCAACGUUCAAUGAGUAUUUUAGCAAAUCAAAAAAGAGAACUUGAUCGGCAAAAUGAAACUAUCGCGUUACUAGAAGAGAAAAGGUCAUCACUUAUAUCACAAUUGGAAAUUGCAAGGGAUAUAAUCUCAUUGGCUAACAUUGCAAAAUGAUUUGCACCCGUUAGUUAGAGCCCUUUAAACAAUCUAUAUCUAUAAUUAAGAAACAGUAAAAGCUGAUUUUUA